AUGGCACGCCGACCUAUUGUUGGUGGAAACUGGAAGUGCAAUCCGGACAGCAUGAGCAAGCUGGACGGGCUCGUGGAGAACAUGAACUCGUGCGACAUCAGCAAGUGCGAUGUGUACGUUUGCCCUUCCCCACUUCAUGUGGCAUACGUGUGCUCCAAGGUGAAGGAGGGCAUCAGCGUCUGCCCACAGAACUGCAACUUCAAGGGCUGCGGUGCCUACACGGGCGAGAUGGCUGUUGAGCAGAUGAAGGACCUGAAGAUGGAGUGGGUUCUCAUUGGCCAUUCGGAGCGCCGCGAGUACUUCAAGGAGUCCAACGAGCUGCUUGCUGAGAAGAUGAAGAUGAUCCUGGAUUCUGGGCUGAAGUGCAUCUACGCCAUCGGUGAGAAGCUUCCGGAGCGUGAGAAGGGCCUGGAGUCCACCAUGGCUGUUUGCAUUGAGCAGCUGCAGAUGGUCAAGGGCCUGCUGGACCCAACCAAGGUUGUGAUCGCCUACGAGCCGGUCUGGGCAAUUGGCACUGGCGUGACUGCGACUGCUGAGCAGGCACAGGAGACCCACGCUGAGAUCCGCAAGUGGAUCGCUGCCAACGUCAGCGAGGAGUGCGCCGCGGGCAUUCGCAUCCAGUACGGCGGCUCCGCCAACGCCAAGAAUGCGCCCGAACUCUCCGCUUGCCCGGACAUCGAUGGCUUCCUGGUCGGUGGCGCCUCUUUGCACCCUGGUUGCAAUUCACUCACGCAGUAA